UUAAAGAGUGGGUUUAUAAAAUCUUCUACUGGAGCUGAAGCACUCUCUCUCCCAUGUGAGAAGAAAGUCCACACCAAUUUCCACCGUCGUCCCUCUCUUUUUCUCUCUCUCUCUGUUAUGCAGAUCUUGAGCUAAGCCAGUCGUAAACAUCAGUGUUGCAUCACGAAUCUGGCAAUGGAUUCCCACUUCUCAUCACUCACUGGAUCCAUUACUAAGCUCUGCUCCUUCACCAUUUUGCUUCUCUUCUUGCUUUCUUGCUCCACUUUCACUCCUACAGAUGCCUAUGAUGCUCUUGAUCCAAAUGGUAAUAUCACUAUCAAAUGGGACGUAAUAAGCUGGACUCCAGAUGGCUAUGUUGCAGUCGUUACAAUGUACAACUUCCAGCAAUACCGCCACAUUCAAGCUCCAGGUUGGACAUUGGGUUGGACAUGGGCAAAAAAGGAGGUAAUCUGGAGCAUGAUGGGAGCCCAAACUACAGAGCAAGGGGAUUGUUCCAAGUACAAAGGAAAUGUCCCCCAUUGCUGUAAGAAGGAUCCUACCGUUGUGGAUUUAUUGCCAGGAACUCCUUACAACCAGCAGAUUGCAAAUUGCUGCAAAGGAGGAGUAAUAAACUCGUGGGCACAGGACCCUGCUACUGCAGUAAGCUCCUUCCAAGUUAGUGUAGGUGCUGCUGGAACCUCAAACAAAACAGUUAGAUUGCCAAAGAACUUCACCUUGAAAGCACCAGGGCCUGGAUACACUUGUGGGCCAGCAAAGAUUGUGAGACCAACCAAAUUUAUUUCAGCAGAUAAAAGGAGAGUCACUCAAGCUUUAAUGACCUGGAAUGUUACUUGUACGUAUUCUCAAUUCCUGGCUCAGAAGACACCCACCUGUUGUGUUUCGCUGUCCUCCUUCUACAAUGACACAAUAGUAGGUUGUCCAACUUGUGCUUGUGGCUGUAAAAACAGCACAAAUGGGGGGAGCUGUGUGAAUCCAGACACACCGCAUUUAGCUUCUGUGGUUAGUUCAGGCAAGAAUGACAUGUCACCUUUGGUGCAGUGUACUAGCCAUAUGUGUCCAAUCCGAGUCCAUUGGCAUGUUAAGCUCAAUUACAAGGAGUAUUGGCGGGUGAAGGUCACAAUUACAAAUUUCAAUUACCGAAUGAACUACACACAGUGGAAUAUAGUUGUGCAACACCCGAACUUUGAUAAUCUCACACAGAUUUUCAGCUUUCAUUAUAAACCACUGACUCCUUAUGAUGGAUUAAAUGAUACUGCUAUGUUAUACGGAGUUAAGUUCUACAAUGAUUUUCUCUCACAAGCUGGCCCUUUCGGGAAUGUACAGUCGGAGCUGCUUUUCCGAAAGGACAAGUCAACUUUCACUUUUGAAAAGGGAUGGGCUUUCCCUAGGAGGAUUUAUUUUAAUGGUGAUAACUGUGUGAUGCCACCUCCAGAUGCCUACCCAUGGUUGCCUAAUGACGGUUCUCGUCUGAGCAUAUCUCUACUUAGUCCAGUCAUGACAUUCUUGGUGUAUAUUGUCUUCUUUUUGGCAUGCAUGUGAUGAAGCCAAACUACUAAAGCUGUCUGUUCUUCUAACGAUCUGUAAACCUGAUCUGGCUUAGCACAUACGGGAACAUAAAGAAAUCCAGUCUUCGGGCCCAGAAUUUAGAUCUGUCAAGUGCUGCAAGUCAAUGCAAUGCAAGUGCUCAAGGUGCACUAUUGCCUGGUCUUUAGUUUAUGAAUCGUCAGUUAGUUACUUUCUUCUUUUUUCUUUUUUCCCACUUUUUCCUUCUAUAAUUUAUUUGUUAAGCAAACUAUAUUAUAUUUCUGUAUGGUUAUUUGUGUGAUACACUUAAAUCAUUUCGUCUGUAGAAUAUCGAUAGCAUAUGUAAGUCAUUUUUCGUUGUAAUAAGUGACCGUGUGAGGAAUUUAUAGUUGAUCAAUGGAUUUGUUCCUGCCAAUUUGUUGGUCUA